AUCUUUUCCAUUCCACCGUCACUCAGAACUUAGCCACCUUUGAUCUGUCCCAUUAUUCCACCCAGAGCUUCGCCUUCUGCGUGUCGACGUUGGUGCAGCGGCGAGCCACUCUUACAGGAAACGCUAAAAGUUGUGGAAGUCGCCACGGCUGCUUUCUUGAGCAGCCGUUUUCUCCUUUUUUAUUUUUCCUUCUCUCAAAACUCGAAGUAGCAGGAGAUUGCGACGGCUUGCCGCGACCAUCAUCGUGGCGUGAUGGAGCGCGCAACCCUUCUGCUCGGCGCGCUGCUCCUUCUGACGUGUCUCGCGGUUUCACGGGUCGACUGCGUUCCCCUCGCCAGGUCCCAGGCGCAAGUCCUGGUGGACUGUCAGAAGGCGUGGAACACAACGAUUGAAGGCUGGAAGAUCGGCGGGGACUGCAGCAGUGCGAGCAAUGUCAUGUGCGACGCCCAAGGCAUGAUCACAGAGAUAUCUGUGCACGACAACCUUAUGUUUUCUGGUGGAAUUCCUGACUCCAUUGGCAACCUCACCAAUCUUCAUCGCUUGUAUAUUUUGAAUAACAACCUGAGUGGCUCGAUACCAGCUGCAAUUGGCAACCUUCAGUUUGUGACCGAGUUAAACCUUGGCUACAACCAACUUACUGGCAAUAUUGACUUCAUUGGGAAGCUCACAAAUCUUCGACUCUUACACAUUAAUGCGAACCAGCUGAGUGGCUCAAUACCAGCAACCAUUGGCAACCUUCAGCUUGUGACUGAGCUAAACCUCAGCUACAACAGCCUUACAGGCACAAUUCCUGGCUCCAUUGGCAACCUCACAAGCGUCACUUACCUAUGGCUCCUCCAAAAUAAGCUGAGCGGCCAGAUACCAGAAACUUUGAGCAACCUCCAAUCGCUGAGCACCUUAAACCUUGGCUACAACAGCCUGACGGGCUCAAUUCCUGGAGCCAUUGGCAAGAUCAGGAAUCUUACUGCCAUAUUUCUCAACCGGAACAACCUGAGUGGCUCGAUAUUUGCAACGAUUGGCAACCUUCCACAUUUGUCCGACUUAGGGCUUGAAUACAACAGCUUAACUGGCUCAUUACCCGACUCCAUUGGCAAGCUGAUAGAACUUCGUUCCUUUCACAUUUAUGCGAACCAGCUGAGUGGCUCAAUACCAGCAACCAUUGGCAACCUUCAGCUUGUGACUGAGCUAAACCUCAGCUACAACAGCCUUACAGGCACAAUUCCUGACUCCAUUGGCAACCUCACAAGCGUCACUGAGCUAUGGCUCCUCCAAAAUAAGCUGAGCGGCCAGAUACCAGAAACUUUGAGCAACCUCCAAUCGCUGAGCACCUUAAACCUUGGCUGCAACAGCUUGACGGGCUCAAUUCCUGGAGCCAUUGGCAAGAUCAGGACUCUUACUGCCAUAUAUCUCCACCAGAACAACCUGAAUGGCUCGAUAUUUGCAACGAUUGGCAACCUUCCACACUUGUCCGACUUAGGGCUUGCCUACAAUAGCUUAACUGGCUCAUUACCCGACUCCAUUAGCAAGCUGAUAGAACUUCGUUCCUUAUCUGCUGAGGGGAACAGUCUGAAUGGCCCGAUUCAAGAAGCUAUUAGCAAUCUUCGAUAUUUAACCGAAUUGAAUCUCAUUAACAAUAAAUUCACUGGAUCCAUUCCAUCCACUAUUGGACGUAUGAGCAACUUGACGAACUUAGGCAUUGCCAUCAACAGCUUGACUGGCACAAUCCCGGAAUCUCUUUUCAGGCUUUCAAGUCUUGGUGGCUUAUAUAUGGACGGAAACAACCUGUCUGGCUCGAUACCAGCGGCAAUAGGCAGCCUUACAUUUUUUACCGACUUAUACCUUGCCAACAACUGCUUGAGUGGCACAAUCCCUGAAUCCAUUGGCAAGCUCUCUACUCUUGGUAUCUUAUGUCUCAAUGGAAACAAGCUCACUGGCUCGAUACCAACAACGAUAGGCAACCUUCGAUAUUUAACCGACUUGCGGCUUGGAUCCAACUCUCUGUCUGGUUCCCUACCAGCAUCACUCGGGAGCCUUCAACUCUUAACGGAAAUGUAUCUUGCCAACACCAACCUGACUGGCAGCAUCCCUGCUUCCAUUGGCAACCUCCAACAGCUUUCUGUGUUGAAUCUGAAUGGGACUGCAGCCACAUGCCCUCCUGACUUUUCUCAAUGCGUGGCCACACAAAAUCUUACAAGUGCAUUUUGCCGCAAGUGCCCCUCCUUCUGCACCACUUGUGUCAAGGCAGCACCAUCGCCUCCCUCCCCAUCUCCAGUGCCCGCCACGACACCCCCAUCGACACCCCCGGAGUCCCCCUCACCAUCCUCCUCUCUAGCAUCCCUACCUUCACCUGAUGCCUCCCAGUCUGGAGGCGGCCUGUCAGCAGCAGCCAUUUCUGGCAUUGCUGUGGCAGCUGUGGCUGCCGUGCUGUUGCUGUUGAUUGGUGUGGUGAUAUGGCAGAAAGGCUACAAGAAAGAAGGAGCACAAGGAGAAGAUAUGGCAGUCAAGGAGGGAGAGGAUGGAGCACUACAUAGUGGUGAUAAUGGAGGCCUGGCUGGCAGCGUCGCAGCCUCCCAAUGCACCGAGUACUCCCUUGAGGAAGUCAUGGCAGCCACGAGCAACUGGUCCGAUGACAACAAGCUUAAAUCGGGUGCCUUUGGAGAUGUGUACAAGGGCGUGUCUCCAAGGGAUGGCACCACCCUGUGGGCGGUCAAGCGAGCCAAACUGCUUGCUGCUGACUUCCAGGGAGAGGUCCGACAAAUGGCCGGCAAGAACCAUCCCCACAUUGUGCGGCUGCUCGGGUUCGCGGUUGGAGGGGACAUGAGGACCAGGCCGGAGCAAGUCCUGAUUUACGAGCUUGCCCCAAACGCUGACCUUGAAUCGUGGAUCAGUUCAAAGGCGCCCUUCUAUCUCAGCCUGAAGCAGCGGCUGGACAUCCUCAUCGGCAUUGCACGUGGCUUAGAUUACCUCCACAGCUUUGGCCUCGUGCAUCGCGACAUCAAACCCGCCAACAUCCUCCUUGGGGAAAGCAUGCAGGCCAAGAUUGCGGACUUUGGGCUUGUGAGGGCAGUAGAGGGCUCAAUAGUGGGCAUUUCUCAUGUCGUGGGCACACCCGGCUAUGUGGAUCCCGUCUACACUGUGACAUCAAAGGCCACUACUGCCACUGAUGUCUACAGCUUCGGUGUGCUGAUGCUUGUGGUCCUCACUGGGCGAAGCCCGAGCCCUAUGGCUGAUGGAGAGAGCAACCACAUUUUGGCAUGGGUGGAGGCCUGCCUGGCGUCCGACAACCCGACCCGCCUCAAGGGCCUCAGCAUGGACGCCCCUGAUGAUGCUGUGCUGCGCUUGGCCCAGCUGGCUCUCAGCUGCACUGUGGAGCGCACUGCCAGUCGCCCAAGCAUGGAGGGCAUUGCCAGUGAGCUGCAGGGUAUCAGGAAUGAAAUGGCGGGGAAAGGGGAGCUGAGUGCAGCAGGUAAAGUGGAUAAGCAAGCCCAGGAGAUGAAGGGUGCAGUUUCCCAUACUGCUGACCUGGAAUUCGUUGACGACCUCCUGCAAGGAGAAUCUUUCAAAGAUCAGUCACCUAUUUGAAUAGAACUCCAGGAAGCUGUAGCCUACAUAACUCAGGAAUUGGUGAAGUUUUUAUUGGAUAAGCGGCUCUUUUCUAAGGGCGUUCUCCUACAGAGUUGGAUCCUGCAAGGUUGGUUCCAUCUCCUGAGCGGCAGUGUGGUGCAAGGGUCGAAAAUGUGCAUUUUAGUGCGGCUCGCUUUUGUCAAGUAGCAAGCGAAAAGUUUGCUUCAAGUGUGGGACUGCACCCCCUAAGAGAUGAUCCAGCAAAGAUAUUACAAAUUAUAAUCUAACUAGCUUA